CCAAUCAGAGUGAAGGAUAGGCUACCGGCCAUGGCGUCUGUCAAAUCUUCACUGUAACAGUGUGAAACAGUGUGUGAACGAGAGAGGCUGUAGAACCGGGUAUUAAUAAUAAUUUAGAUCAUCAGAUCAGCAGAGUUAGAUCCAGCGCUUUUUGGGGAUCACUGAGGAUUAUAGAGGCGAUGGGAUCCGGCGAGAGUUCCACCAGGAAAGUGUCUUUUGGCCUGGAUGAAGAUGAGAAUGUGCAGGUUCUGCGUGGAGUGAAGCUGUCGGAGGAUGUCCUGCAGCGGAUGAAGAAUGUCAAUCAGACUUCUAUAGGCAGUCGGGAGAGCCCAGGCCCACAGCCUAAACCCCAGACAUCCACAGCUCACACUCCACCUUUAAAACCCCAGCAGAGCUCUCAGUCUGGACCCACUGCUUCCGACACCAGAGAAGAGCUCAGAGGAAGGUAUGAACGUGAGAAAGCGAUUAUACAGGAGGAGCUGGCUCGCAUCGCCCAGAAGGAGAGAGAGGCAGCGCGACAGGACAUAACCCGAGCUGUGCAGAGAGAGCGACUGCAUACAUUCCAAGAGUCCGAGAAAGCCAAGCAGCUGCCGGCCUCAGCACUGGACAGUUGGGGGAAGCAGCUGGAGAAGAAGGAGGCUGAACUGAAAGCUCUGGAUGCGUUCUACAGGGAGCAGAUUGCACAGCUGGAGAAGAGGAAUCUGGAUAACUUCAAGUCAUCUGCUGAACAGUUCCAUGCUGCUGCCAGUAGGAGUGAAGCUAACCUAAGGCGGCGCAGCAUGACCCCGGUGUGCAGUAACCUGCAGGCUCAGAUCCUGAACUGCUACAGAGAGAACGGCAGCCAGACCCUGCGCUGCUCAGACCUGGCCAAAGAGUACAUGCAGUGCAUCGAUGCUGCCAAAAAGAGUCUGCUGGUGAAUCACGGAUGAGGAGGACUCCAGCUUGUCAGCGGCGGCGCCACUCUUCCCACCCCCCCAUCAGUGUGCCGGCACUUAAGCACCACUUAUUUGCCAGCAUGCCUUUUUUCUAUUCCUUUACUAUAUAAUCUUACAUUUUUAAGUUGCACUAUUGUGUACAGGCCACAGUUAACAGGAUAUAAUGUUCCUUUACCUGUAAAAGACUGAGAGUGGAAAAAGCAAAAGCAGAUCUUGAUUUUUUUUUAUAAGUACACACUCAGGAAAACAUGGCUAUUUAUUUAGCAGGAUUGUAUUUACACUAUUGUAUGUGUAUAUCCUUUAUAUUUUACAUCCUAUUGUAUCCUCCUGCAUAUCUUAUAUAUACAGCUGUGGAAAACAAAAAAGAGACCACUUUAGUUUCUCUGAUUUUGCUAUUUAUAGGUUUAUUGUUUGAGUAAAAUGAACAUAUUUGUUUAAUUCUAUGAACUACAGACAACAUUUCUCCUAAAUUCCAAAUAAAAAUAUUUAAGUCAUUUAGAGCAUUUAUUUGCAGAAAAUGAGAAAUGGCUGAAAUAAAAUAAAAGAGUUUUCAGAUCUUAAAUAAUGCAAAGAAAACAAGUUCAUAUUCAUAAAUCAAUAUUUGGUGGAAUAACUGGUUUUUAAUCACAGUUUUAUGAUUUCCUCCACCAGUCUUACACACUGCUUUUGGAUAACUUUAUGCCUUUACUCCUGAUGGCUUGUGAUCAUCCACCUUCCUCUUAAUUAAAUUCCAGAGGUUUUUAAUUUAAUUUAAUUUGGUAAAAUCAAAGAGACUCAUUAUUUUUAAGUGGUCUCUUAUUUUUUUCCAGAGCUGUAUGUGUACAUAUAUACAGUUCCAGUCAAAAGUUUGGACACAUUACAUUUAGUGUUUUUUCAUCAUUUUAAAAUGUUCUGCAUUAUAGAUUAAUACUAAAUUCAUUCAAACUCUGAAGGAAAAAAAACAUAAAGAAUUAUUUAAUAUGCAAAAAAAUGUUAAACGAACCAAAAUUUGAGUCACCUGGAAUUCAGGCUUUCAGUUAACAGCUGUGCUGAACUCGUCAAGAGUUAAUUACUUGAAUGUCUUGUUUCUUAAUAAUGUGUUUGAGAGCAUCAGUUGUAAAGUUGUGAAGGUAGAGGUAGAGUUGAUAUACAGUAAAUAGCUCUAUUCAAUUCAUGUUUUAAUCCAGAUUAUGGCAAGAACUACUCAACUCAAAGGAAAAAUACUCUAAAAAAGUUUAAGACUUUUGAAAGUAUCCUCAAGUGCAUAUGCAAAAAGACCAACAAAAACUUUAUGAUGAAACUGGCUCUCAUCAGGACUUUUUUCCAGGAAAGGAAGAGCAAGAGUUCCUCUGUUGUACAGGAAAAGUUAAUCGGAGUUACCAGCCUCAGAAACCACAAAUUAACAGUAUUUUGGUUUCUGCAUGAUUCCUUAUGUGUUCCUUCAUAGUCUGGAUGACUUCAGUAUUCAUUUACAAUGUAGGACAAAAAAUAAUUGAUUGGUGAUAUAUGUAUAUAGGCUUCUGCUUAAAGCUUGCUCUGGUUUGGUUUCUUUUAUGGCUGUAAUAAUGAGUAUAAAAGUACGUAGAUGGAGGAGGUGAAUGGGAUCAUGGGUAAAUGAAUUAUGAUUUGAUCUUGACUGUAGAAAUGACAAUGAUUUAGUUUUGAACUAAUAAACUAGAUGUGGGCAGCUACAGAUCAUUAGAUAAAACAUUACAUUGUUGUUACAUUUACAUAUUUAUUUGGUAAUUAUGCAGGAAGCAGUGGCAAUGUUUACAUGCAAAGAUUUCCUCCAGUUCAAUUAAAUUCAUUCUAAUUACAGAA